CUGAUAUACGGUAAGCAAUUAAUGUAUCAAUCGUGAUACAUUUAUGAGGAAGCAAUGGCCUGAAAUUGAUAGCAGUAUCAAGUAUCAACCAUGUAUCAACUGCCUAUUUACCCAGCCAACACAAACUAUAAACAUUUUAAAGUAAGAACAUAAAUCAACAGUCAUGUUUGUCGCUUAGAAACAGUAUUGACAAAUCAUUUGACUCGUUCAGUCAAAUAUUCAGUCCGAUAUCAGGACUGUUAGCAUUUGAUAACAUUAUUUCGUAAAAAUAUAAUCAUUAAAGUACUUUUGUGUGGAAUCAAUAACUUAUUUUCUUUGGGAGUGUUAUUUUCAAGUUUUUAAACAAUAAUUAUGGCAGAGGCUGAUAACAUAUCAACGUUUAGUGUAGACGGAGGGCAGGACACAGUUGGACUGCCUCGGAUCGUAAUGGUUACAGAAGGGUCUGAUACUUCUGCUUCUUCACCGUCCUCAUCUUCAUCCUCUGAGGACAACUGGGCUGAUCUCAUCAAAUCCUCUGAAAUUCCUCCCGAAUAUUGGCAUAUACAGAAACUAGUGAAAUACAUGAAAGCAGGUAAUCAAACUGCAACUAUGGUCGCGUUAUCUUGUCUAAAAGAUCACGACUUAACAAUUGAAGUGAACCAGAGAGCUAUACAAGAGAUAGGAGGCUUAGAACUCUUGGUCAACUUAUUGGAAACGAGAGAUUUGUGUUGUAUUUUGGGAGGACUGGCUGUCCUUAAAGAUAUAUCUCCAAACAUUGAGAUACGAAAGAAGAUAACAGAUCUUGGUGCCAUUCCUCUCCUUGUGGGGUUGUUAUCAGAUCCAGCGAGGGAUGUACAAAUCCUUGCCGCAGAAACUAUAGCCAAUCUUGGAAAAAUACGAAAAAGUAGGAAAUUUUGCAGAAAAUUUGGUGGAAUUCCGAAAUUAAUCGAUUUAUUAGACGUCAAAGAAAGGUACUUAAUUACACCGAAGGAAGAUUUGCAAUUGGAUGAACUACAAUUCCUAGACAUUGCCCGAGCUGGAGCGAAAGCCCUGUGGUCAAUGUCGUCUUCCCAACGUAACCGCGAGGCGAUGAGAAAGUACGGCAUAAUACCACUGCUCGCUCGAAUGCUCAAGACCAUUCAUUUGGACGUUGCUGUUCCGGCAGUUGGCCUGUUACAAAUGUGCGCUAAUGAAACUUCCUUUCAGCUCGCUAUACAGACCGAAAAAAUGGUUCAAGAUCUAAUUACCCAUUUAGCUAAUGACGACAAGGAUUUGAAGACUUACUGUAGCUUAGCUAUAUAUAAAUGUGCAAGCGAUCCUAUAACAAGAGAUAUGAUACGGGAAGCCGGAGGCCUUGAGUUGUUGGUCGAGGCAGCGCAAGAUACAACAAAUAGAUCGAACAAAUCUCUAAUGGCGGCAGUAACUGGAGCUCUAUGGAAAUGUGCUAACAGUGAUGCGAGUGUAAAGAGACUCGACAAUCUCGGAGCUGUUAUGACUCUUGUUAAAUUGUUGGACGACGAAAAUGACGGAGUUUUGACGAACGUCGCAGGCGCUCUUGCAGAGUGCGCGAAAUAUCCCCCCAACCGUGACAAGAUAAGGAGUUCUGGAGGCAUACCGAUGCUAAUUCAUCAUUUGAACAAUACGUACAAACCAUUACUAGAAAACGUACCAUUGGUUCUAAUGGAGUGUGCUAAAGAACAAAACUGCAUGAGUGAAAUUGACGACUUGGACGGAGUGCGGUUGAUUUGGUCUCUGUUGAAGAACGAUUCAAAAAAAGUCCAGACAAACGCUGCACUGGCUUUAAGUCCGUGUGUUCAAAACGCGGCAGAUUCUGGUGAAAUGGUCCGAUCGUUUGUGGGAGCUUUAGAAUUAACUGUUGAUUUACUGGAUUCUGACGACCACAAUGUUUUGUCAGCUGUUUGCGCCGCAAUUGCUACAAUAGCCCAUGACCAAGAAAACCUAGCUGUUAUAUCUGACCACGGCGUUGUAGCGAAACUUUCGAAACUUGUCAGCACAACAGACGAUCAUCUCAGAGCAAAUCUUGGUGUCGCAAUCGCCUACUGCUGCGAAUGGGCACAGAAUCGGCAGGAGUUCGGCAAGCGUGGUGCCAUCACUCCUCUGGUCAACUACAUGACUUCUAGAGAUCCCAACGUGCAUAGAUCGACUGCGUUGGCGCUGUACCAUCUCUCAUUCUACUCUAUCAAUUGUGUUACUAUGCACGCGGCUGGUGUUGUACAAUUCUUACUAGAAACGAUAGGGUCCAAAGACGCGGUGCUGCAGGAGGCAUCGGCUGGUUGCCUCUGCAAUAUACGCAAGUUGGCGCUCGCCACUGAGAAGGUGAAGCUGAAACAGUGACUCGGAACGUGUCUACUCGUAGACGUAGACAUUGUAAUGA